AUGCCGAGCGUUUUCGCUGUUGACCACAAUUACUCUUUUCCGAUCCUUCACGUUUCCAUCAACUAUGACUCUAUUGCUAUGUUUGAGCAACUGUCAAAAAACCCGAUCAUUGCUGCCUAUGCCCACGCAGUCAUAGUCAACCUGGCGACAUACCCCAGCGACAUGGCAACGGAUUUAGUCACAUUCAAAGGAAGCGCACCCAAGUGGACGAACUUUGCUAAGCAUGGCAAAUUCGGACGAAUUUUUCUCAGCCCCCACGACGAGUUUUCACGGCGCCACCGAGAGCAGCUCAAGUGCCUGAACGACACAAAUGCAAUGGGGCAGCUGGUGACGGCCUUUAUUCGGCUUGAAUGUGGAGGAAAGCUCCAGUUCACAACGAAAGUGUAUCGCGACUUGGCCGGCCACGACGCUGCGCUAGACGAUCUGCAGAUUCUGUCUCAGGCAAUGGUCCAGCCUUAUUCGUGGGAGGAAAUACAGAGCGAGGGCAAUAAAGUUGAUUUGGACAUGAUCAAAAUGCUGUCCAGGCUUCCCAUUGCGCUGGCUAACACCAGCGUGCCGCUGACGGAUCUCUAUCUUGACUGCUUCCCUCUCUACGCUGGAUUCGCACAACUUCUUUUACACGAGAAGCAGACGGCGUCGGAAUUGGAGUGGGAACUUCAGCCGGUAUUCCAGCACCUCCGGGUCUUUUCUUUUGGCAUCGAGACCAUGGACAUGGCCGCACCUCGCCACACACCAUUGCCCGAGUCGGACAUGUCGCUUAUGCGCGCCUAUCUGCAAGCGGCGCUGGUGAGCCCGCAGUUGAUGAAGGCUCACUUGCAAUUCGGAGCGUUUGGCAUCCACACCGACAAGGCAUCUUCCACAUGUAACGAGGCUCUGUUUAGACUUGGCCCAUUGCUGAAUUGCUGCAUGAGCAGCAAGCUGAGACAGCUAAUUAUUGAGGCCGUCGACACCAAGUUUGAUGAGCUGCAGCCCUUGUUCUCGCGGCUGGGCCAAUAUAUGCACCGUUUUGAGCUUCACGGCGUUAGACUGCUCGAUGGCCAAUGGGUGCCCCUGCUCGGCGCAGCGCGCCAGAGCACUGCGCAACACUGGCCGGAGAAGCAUUGUCGCGCGAAUUUCUUGAAAUUGAUGGGUGGCGGGUUUGACUUAGCAGCAGUGAUGAAUGAAUGCGAGGUUUUGGGGAGUUUUAGUGCAGUCGCUGGUCCGAGAUGUCUUUCUAGAUGUCCUUCAGAACAAUGCCGCUCGAAUAUGUCGAGACAGACAUGGCGAGCCCAGUAG